UGCGCGGGCCGCGGUAGAGCUGCUCCCGGCCGCCGCACACCCUGCCCCAGCCUCCCACUGUGGGUAGCCUGGCCAGCAGCCGCUGCCGGCAGUCUUUGUCCCACGCCGGGACCGCCAUCCAGAGCCACCGGUGACCCCGACAACGGCUCCAAACCGCUGGUAACCCCUGACAGUCCCCGCCCGCUCUCUGCGACGCCUUGCGACCCCGCUAGCCACGCGGGGGGCCCGGGGCGCGCCAUGAAGUCGGCCUCCAGCUCCCGCGGGGGUGGGGCGGGUGGGCGUGGCGGCGGCGGCUGGGGCGGGGGGCGAGGCGGAGGAGGCCGGGCAGGAGGAGGCGGGGACGGCGGCCCCGGAGGCAGGGGCGGCUUCGGGGCCCGGCCGCGCGGCUUCGGGGGCGGGGGCCGGGGGCGGGGGCGCGGCGGCGGGGACGGCAGGGACCGCGGCGGCAGCGGGCAGCGGCGCGGCGGCGCGGCCAGGAGCAAACCCCGCCGCAGGAAGGGCGCCGGCGCCGUGACGGUGGAGCCUCACCGGCAUGAGGGUGUCUUCAUCUACCGCGGGGCGGAGGACGCGCUGGUCACGCUGAAUAUGGUGCCGGGCCACUCGGUGUACGGCGAGCGGCGCAUCGCAGUGACGGAGGGAGGCGUGAAGCAGGAGUACCGCACGUGGAACCCCUUCCGCUCCAAGCUGGCCGCCGCGAUCCUGGGCGGGGUCGACCAGAUCCACAUCAAGCCCAAGUCCAAAGUGCUGUACCUGGGCGCCGCCUCGGGGACCACGGUGUCCCACGUCUCUGACAUCAUCGGCCCCGACGGCCUGGUUUACGCGGUUGAGUUCUCCCACCGCGCUGGCCGCGACCUGGUUAAUGUGGCCAAGCAGCGAACUAACAUCAUCCCCGUUCUCGAAGAUGCCCGGCACCCGCUCAAGUACCGCAUGCUUAUAGGGAUGGUGGAUGUGAUCUUUGCCGAUGUGGCCCAGCCUGACCAGUCCCGCAUAGUGGCCUUGAAUGCCCACACCUUCCUGCGCAAUGGGGGCCACUUCCUUAUCUCCAUUAAGGCUAACUGCAUUGACUCCACUGCAUCUGCUGAGGCGGUGUUUGCUUCAGAGGUGAGGAAGUUGCAGCAAGAGAACCUAAAGCCUCAAGAGCAAUUGACCCUGGAGCCCUAUGAGAGAGACCACGCUGUAGUCGUCGGGGUCUACCGGCCCCUUACCAAGAGUGGCAGCAAGUAGCACUCAGCAAGGGCUGUCCUUGAGAGCUAAGACUGUGCUGUGAUCAGUAUAACCAUGUAUGUGUUUUCUUUGUGUGUUGUUUUUUCUUUUGUCUAUUAAACGGUGUAAAGAAACAGUA